GGGCGGAGGUCACUUCGCUGCUCUUCGUCGCCGCCUUCAGUAGCUAUGGGGAGAUCCGGGUCUCUGUGCGUCUUCCUCCUGGCAUUGUCCGCCCUCUGCGCCCACGCUCGCUACAGCGCGGGCGUGGGCGGCGAGGCACGUAGGCGUGUGCUCGUCGAGGAUGAAGUCGAGACCAACGCUUAUUCCGAAAGAAAACUGACAAAAAGAGGAGAUACCGAUCUAGAAAAGAAAACGGGAACACAAAUGCAAGAGAAAACGGACGAAGAAGACAUGCAAAUGACGGAAACACAAAGGGGGGACGAUAAAGAAAGGGAAAUCAAGGAGGAAAGGAUAGAAGAGGAGAAGAUGGGAAAAGAGGAUGAGAGCAUGAUGGGAAGAGUGGGCAGAUGCCAGGCGGUCCCAUACCCCCAAAACUGCCAGUGCCAAUUCAAGGCUUCAGUUUAGAGGAAGCAGACAACAGUGCCAACGAGGAGGAGGAGGUUGAAGAGUCAGUGCCAGUGCCAGGGUCAGGCAAAGAGGGCCUGGUGCCAAUCCUCAACGUUGUUCAUAAUUUCAGAUUCCCCGAGGUCGAGGCCUUUACGUACUCCGAGGGCGAGAUCGUAGUCAAGGAACAAGCGGGCGUCCUGUUCGACCAGCGCCCGUUUUCUUUGAGGGAAGAACCCUUCGCUCAAGAACGGAUCUCCUCUGGAUGCGGAGGGACGUUCACUGCCUUAACCGGAAUCAUCACGUCUCCUUCGUAUCCGUUUAAUUAUCCGAACAACAUCCGAUGUGUCUACAAGAUUAGUCUUCCGUCCGAGUUCACCGUGGGGCUGGACUGCAACGACUUCUCAGUACAACCCGGAGAUAAGGGCUGCGAGAAUGACUUCCUGGCGGUGUCGGACAACGGGGGACCGGAUGAGCCGACCAAUCAAUUCUGUGGCGACAAGGCCAUCGCUGCCUUUUCCUCCAGCAACAACCUGACUCUCGUGUUCCAGACAGAUUCGACUUACAGGUACAGAGGCUUCAUGUGCCGGUACAGAGCGCUAAAUGCAGAUGGUACAGGCGCAGUUGGGACUGUCACGACAAACAACACGGCAGCUGAACACACAGUCAUCUGCACAGGACCCGGAGAUGACGGUUGGGCAGGGAAGUGUGGGGUGAGUAACAAGAAAACGAGAAUCGUCGGAGGAGCUGCCACCACGGAACAUGAGUUUCCUUGGAUGGUAGCCGUGCUGAAGGUAUGUGGCAAAUACAUGGAACACUAUUGCCACAUAUGCGGAGGAACCAUCAUCCACAGCCAAUGGAUUCUCACUGGAGCUCACUGCCUCGUCAGUGUACCAGUUGAAACCAUAGCCAUGUUACUGGGAGACCACAACCUGUACACACUCACACCAUCGCAGAAGUUCUUCCGUGUCGAGGCAGUGUAUGUACACCCUGACUUCAAUGUGCCGUCUCCACUCAACAAUGACAUCGCUUUGGCUAAACUUCCUCAGAGCAUAGCCUUUAGUCAACACGUGGCCCCCAUCUGUAUUCCUCCAAAGGACUAUAUCGACCUCCUUAACCUCCUUCCACGCACGUUGGAGGAGGAGGAGACUACCACGCCCGUAGCCAGGGUCAUCGAAGGUCACGAGGACGUCCAGGGUAUUAGGCAAGGGGUAACUACGGAAGUUCCCAAGUCUCAUACGAUUAUUCACAAAGCCUUCGAAAACCGCAACGUCUCCGUUUUCGGCUGGGGAACCAUCGAUGACGAUGGCACCGUGGCCCAGAUGCUGCGUGGCGUGUCGGUCCAGAUCCUCCCCAACGACUUCUGCGACUAUUACUACGGCCUCAUGACUGAUACCAUGAUGUGCACUUCGGGCGAGGGCGGCCAUGGGCCUUGCAGGGGCGACAGCGGGUCACCAGCCCAGAUGCUGAUGGUGGACGGCCGCUGGCUCCAGGUGGGCGUGCUCGCUUUCGGGGCGGCCUACGGAUGCGAAGUGGGCUAUCCCUCGGGCAACGUCCUCCUGCCGCUCUACGUAGGGUGGCUCGAAUACGUGACAGGAUUCGACUUUUCGGAGUAUUAUUAAGAGGGGUCGGACGAGACGGGAUUCGCUCGUGGGUCGCGUGAAGCGGUUUCGGUCUCGGUUGCGAUGCGUUUUUGUUUCUACGGAUUGUUGUGGAUUUAUAUGUUCAUGACGUGAGGUAUUUCUGAAAAAGAAAAGAAAAAGAAAAUGGUAAUGAUAAUUUCGAUAAUUUCAUUUCGUUUGUUUCGGAGCUUCGGUUGAUGCAGGACACGUAAGGAAACGUUGUAGAUUUAUGUGUCCUUGAUGUGAAGUGUUACUGAAAAAAAAGUUCAUAAUCCAAUAGGAUUUUAUUUUUUCCGGCUCCUUUGAAGACUAAUGACAAUAGGAUUUUUUAAAAAUAAAUGUUAUUUGUCGAUUACAUUUUUAAUUAAAGACUUUAAUGAGGGAUUUUAUUUGAUAUUUUUAAACCACAUUUCUUUUGUUUUAGAUUCACUCUAAUCAUAUAUAUUUUACAUUUCACUAUCCCUUGACGCGAAAAACGCAACACAUAGAAUCAAGCAAGUUCAAAGCGUAACAUUUUGCUGCGAACU